GAUGUAUUAGGGGUACGUACCUUGCGGGCUCUGAGCAACCAGGUAUAAAAGCCUGAAAGGCCAGGUGCAUCGUAUCGCAGUUGGGCGAUUGGAAGCAAAGGAAGCGCGGCCACAACAUGUCUCGCCUUCUAUUCGUUUUGGUUGUUUUGUCGGUGGUGGCGUAUAGCGUUGCCCAACAGAACGUUCAAGUCGUGCCAUUGGAAGCUGAUGCCGGAGUUCCAGUCAAUCCAGGAUUAGUCGCUGGUGAGCCGAUUGUAUCAGAAGCACGCCCUAAACGUCAAUUCGGACUCGGAUUUUUGCUUGGAUCCGCCCUGGGUAGUGCUUACGGCUACCCUGGAUACGGUUACGGUUACGGUCAUGGCCAUGGCUAUGGCCAUUAUCAUCAUCACCAUCAUGGUUACCGAAGACCUUACGGAUACGGAGGUUACGGGUAUGGACGGUAAAUGACUCGCUGAUUGUUGCAGCACCGUUUUUAUAAGGAAGAUUUUUUCUCUACACGAGCUUGGAAACGACAUCGCUUCACACCAUAAUUAUGUUUCUCAUUUGCAUUUAUCUAUUUUUACUGGUUUUCUUUUAACGUUUAAUCGAUACGUUUUGCUCGGAAUUUUUUAAACAAUACAUUGUUAUACUGUA